AUGGCGUACGGGGGCGAAGCGGUCUCGGAGAUGGCGCGCACGUGUAUGGCGGUCUCGGAGAUGGCGCGCAGGGGGGGUGACGGGCUUGGUGAUGGCGCGCAGGGGGGAUGGCGGGCUUGGGACGGGGUUGGGGUGGACGGGGGUGGGGUGGGCGUGGUGGGGUCAGCUGUGGGGGAGGUGGACGUGGGGGAGGCGGACGUGGGGGAGGCGGACGUGCGGGAGGCGGACGUUAGGGAGGCGGACGUGGAGGGGCCGGACGGGGUGGGACCUGGCGGGGGGAGGGCGGACGGAGGGGAGGGGGGGGGGGGGGGCGUGGGGUUGGGCGGACGCCGGGAGGGAGGACGAGAGGAGGCGGAGGUGGGGAGGGCAGGCGUGGGGAGGGCAGACGUGGGGAGGGCGGACGUGGGGAGGGAGAACGAGGGGAGGGCCAACGAGGGGAAGGCUAAGUUGGGGAGGGCGGACGUGGGGAGGGAGGACGAGGGGAGGGCGCUGAUGGCAUGGAGGGAGUGGGACUAUAGGUUCUGGUGGCGGUAG